ACCCUUUCGCUUUUCCUAAUUCUUUAGGUACUAUAAUUUUAAAAUCCCUUCUGAUUUCCCUUCUAUUUAUACACGAGAGAGUUUGGAUUUUGGAAACGGAAGAUAAAAGUGAAGAUAGAAAUAAAGAGAGACGAGCUAGUUGAUUUUAACGAUAAGAUGUCGCCGCCAGUCGAGAUGAUGAACAAAAUCAGUAGCAUUGAAGGCUACGAUGGUUGUGAUCCAGAAUUGGUGAUGCAGAAACGACUGUUACGUUCUGACCUUGAUCCUGAUCAAAACAGGCUUCUGAUUCCGUGGAGGCGAUACGAUAACCUUAACUUCCUAACACAUGACGAGUUACGGAGGAUGGAGAAAUUCAGGGAGAGUCAUUACAAAGACCCCGAGGAUGACUUGAGGGUGUUGCUGGUGGAACCAUGUUUUGAGGAAACCGAGUUGAGUUUGAGGAAGUGGUGCAGUUUCGGUAAGCAUGUCGAGUAUUUCUUAAUAAAGGGGUGGUGGUCGGUGGUGGAGCGGAAUGAGUUUAAGGUGGGUGACGCUGUACAGUUAUGGAAGUUCCGCCGCUUCAAUCAACUCUGCUUUGCACUGAUUCUGCAUUCAGAGGAACUGGUUUCGAAGAUGCAGGAGUUGAACAAGUCCGACGUAAAGAAUGAGAAAAUAUGGAAAGCUGUCAUGAAAGCUGCAGGAGAUGAAUAUGAUAUUGAAAUCAUGGAGCUGAUGAGGGCGUUUGCCAGCCAUGAAAUCCCUGAAGAAAAGCUGAUUCAAAUCCCUGAAGAAAAGCUGAUUCAGGCCAUGGAAGAAUACAAGAAACAACAAAUUAAUCUUGACGGUCCAAGGGGUUGCUGCCAAAAAAAAUCCCAUGAACACGGACAGAGCUCGGAAUCAGCCGAAGAUAAGAAACUGAAGAGGUCAAAUAAAGAGAAAGUAGGUGUUGAUAUUGGCGAAGGUAAAAUACUACCGGUUGAGAUGAUGAACAAAGUGAGGAACAUUGAAGGCUACGAUGGGAAAGAUUCAGUAAGGUUUGUAGUAGAGAAAAAACUGGAAAAUUCUGACAUUGCUACAGGCCAAAACAGGUUUUUGAUUCCGCGGAGCCAAAGUAACCUUCACUUCUUGAAAGCAGAGGAGUUGCGGAGGAUGGAGAAAUACAGGAAGAGUAAAGACUCGGAGGACGACUUGAGGGUGUUGCUGGUGGAACCAUGUCUUAAGGAAAGUAGUAUAAGUUUGAGGGAAUGGUGCAAUGGCAGCGGCAUGGCCUAUUUGUUAACAAGAGGGUGGUCGUCGGUGGUGAGGAGGAAUAAAUUGAAUGAAGGUGACGUUGUACAGUUAUGGACGUUCCGCUGCUGCAAACAACUCUGCCUUGCCCUGGUUAUUGUUGAAAGAGCAAUAUCAAAAGUUUAAUUGAAUCUUCAAUUUGCUGCAUUCUCAUUUUUUUUAAUGGUUUUUAGAAUUUCGUCUGUUAGAAAACAAUGAUUGGGUAUUCCUUUUAGUUCUCACUAAUAGUCAACAAUUAGAAAGUCGAAUUUAAGUUCUGCUUUUGGUAAAUCUUUCAUUUAUUUCUUUCUAUUUUUUAAUUUAAGUUGCAUAAUAGAGAAAUAACUCUCUC